AUGACUGUAAAUGCGAUUUGCCUCGAGGAGACGGGGACAAGAGGAAGGUGGCCGGGGAUGAGAUAUGGGCCCUCCUCGGGGAUGGGGAUUAGCCAGAAUUUCAUUAGGGAGCCCCGAACCCUUUUAAAAAUGCUCUUGAGUUAUGUCCUAGGAGCUGGAAGUAAACAAUCUCCCAGAAGGCUGAACAGCGCGGCAUCAGGCUCUGCUACAUAUGUAAGAGUAUGGAGUAACAAUGGGUCAAGUUGUUGCCGACACCUACAACUAUUUGCCAGGCCCGGGGCCAGAAUCCCAAAUAUCCGCCCGAUGUCCCCUCCCUCCCCCUCCCAUGCAGCACAUAGCUAUCCACCAACUAUCUCAACUCCAAUAGUCACCCCUUCGACAAUAGUUUACCAUUACGGUCCGUUCCGAGGUUCCGAUUUCAAUAACAAAGCCCCAAGGGACCCACACAAUCCUUAG